UUUUGUUAUUUUCAUGUAAAUAAUCUAUAAUAAAUAUAUAUAUUUUUUAAAGAAAUAUUAAAGUAUUAUAAAAAUUAGAAGUAUAAUAACUAUACAUAUGUAUAUAAAUAUGAGUGUUUAACAAUAUUUAUUUAGGACUUGUUUCGUUAUGAUCCCGAUACCGAACUGAAAGAGCUCCAGCCAUAGAUAUAUAUGACGUGACGGGUCUUUUUUUUUUUUUUUUGUCCAAAAGCCUUAAUAAUAAUAAUAAAAAACAAAGAUAUGACAUCCAAAGUAUGUAAGGUAGUACAAAUAGAUCUCUUUUAUUGAAUCCAAAAAGGUUUUUAUUAUAUUUUGCUACAUAUAAAGGUAUUUUAAAGAUUUUGAAGCGUCAAAAGGUCAUUCGGUUUAACCGUCCAAAGACCAAUACAGCCAUUUCAUUUGUGAUUAAAAUAUCUUAAAAUGUAAUAAAUGUAUAUAUUUUUUAUUCUGGCAUGAUUUUAUAACAUCAUAUGUCAACAUAGUGCAAAAUGGUAUUAAAAUUAUGUAUAGAGAAAGAAUGUCCGGAAAAAUGAAUUUCAUUGAUGUCAUUUGGAGAAGAAAGGGACCAUUUUGGAUCAAGUCAUGUGGUCAGUAUCAUGUGACAGGAUGUGACAUCAUUCAGGACCACAUGGUCGUGAAGCAAAGUAACUAACUCUCUUUUAACUAUUUGAAAAAUUCAUGUUUUCACUUGUUCAUACACAUGUCCCGAAACAUCAGGUCAUUCGGUACAACCGCUAUAAAACAUGGAAAAUGUUGUCAAAUUUAAAAAACUUGUACUAAAUAUAAAAUGUUUGACCUUUUGCUAGCUAGCUAGCUAGCUAGAUGUUAGCAUUGUUUGAAAAUAUCAUUUGAUAUAACCAGAACUGUCAUUCGGUAAAACCGAAAUUUUGGUAAUGACUUUUUUUGGUGACAAAUUUUGUCCAUCUUGUAAAAAAAAUGACAAAAGCAGUGCUAAUUGAUUAUAAAAACCACAUAAUCUCAUUGUUAACACUUAAUAAAACUCCAAAAUUAAUUAUCUCCAUUAUGUUUUUUUUUUUUUUUCACUUAUACACGUAGAUUACACAUUCGACCAAGUCGAUGCGUCCGCCAUCUUGGAACGGUCAACAUUUCAGAUGCUGUCAUCAGUAAAAAUCAAUGAGUUUUCCAAGAUGCUACAACAUUGCGCAGCCUGUGGUUGUAGAAAUCGCCGAGAUCUAAAGUCCCUGAAGAAAUGAGAUAAUCUUUCACAGGUGAUAAUGUGUUGGUCUGUGUUUUUAUAUGUUUUAACUUAAUAUUACAGGUUUUUAAACUAUAGUAAUUUUUUUAAUGUAACUUUUUAACCGUUCCAAUAUGGCGGACGGCUCGCGUAUAGCGGUCAAGAUCUUGCCAAUGCAAGAAUAUCAUGGCCAUUAUAAGUCUUCCUACAUGAUUGUUUAAGACAUGAAAGGCUACACACUCCGUAGAGUUAAAAGCACUGUUGCUAAAUAUAGUAUAACAUGCUAGAAAUAUAAUAAUCACAGCAAUAAAGAUCCAAUCAUAGACUCUUAAGCAUUUGCCUAUUUAAAUCCAAAAAGAGACUUUUUUGUUGAUGUUGUUUUUGGCCGGGUAGUAUACAUAACACAUAUACACCGCCAUAAUUUGCACCCUGAAGAAAGUUAUUCAAAUUACAAGUUUAGUUUUUGGGUGAACUGUUCCUUUAAGAGACUUGAGAGUUUAUAACGGAGCACAGGAAUGUCGAGAAUCCUUCUCUAGCGUCUCAGAGAAUCAUAUGACUGAAAUAUUGUUCGCUGGAUUGUUUUACACGCGCAUCAAAAACCGAGAGAAUAAACUAUAUAUUUCGCCUCUUGAUGAUGUAUAUUGGAUACACACGUCAGAUACAUAUUAGUCAAAUCUAUUACUAAAUACCCUGCCAAAAUCAAAACGCUCUACAAAAAAAAAAAGUCUGACCGUUUCUCUUUUCAUCUGGAUUUACUCUCGCGGAGGAGGAGCAGCAUCAUUUACCACAGAACCACGUCACUCUGUCAAACCUAGCUUUUUUUUAUGAAAACUUGAGACAGCAAGAUCCAAACCCCUUCCUUUUUCUUCCUGGAGGAUAUCUGGGUCGGUGGAAAAAGAUGCAGACGGGAUUCAGAUUAAAUUUGACCCCUGUUAAAGAGCCUCUGGGUUUUGUUAAAGUCGUGGAGUGGCUCACCGCUGUGCUCGCGUUUGGGACCUGUGGAGGAUAUACUGGCAGAAAUGUGGUUUCCAUCUUCUGUGACGGAAGCGGGAAUGAAACACUCAGUGCCACUUUCACCUACCCAUUCAGGUUAAACCAGGAGCGGCUUGUGGAGAACAACACCACUCUUUGCAACCGCACGGUUGCUGAAACCCAUCUGGUAGGAGACUCCUCGUCCUCGGUGGAGUUUUUUGUGGCCGUGGCCGUCUUGGCCUUCCUCUAUUCCAUGGUGGCUCUGCUGGUCUAUCUGGGCUACAUGCAUGUGUACCGAGACUCAGACUUCGGCCCUAUGUUUGAUUUUGUACUAACAGCGGCGUUUGCGUUCCUGUGGCUGGUGUGCUCGUCGGCGUGGGCGCGCGGCCUGCAGACGGUGAAGGACGCCACCAGUACGGCUGGCAUUGACUCGACUCUGGCGCUCUGUACGGACGGAGAUGUCAAAUGUGAAGUUACUGAGUAUGCCAGCAUGAGAUCGCUCAAUAUAUCUGUGGUGUUUGGUUACUUGAAUCUUCUCAUAUGGGUUGGGAACGCCUGGUUUGUGUACAAGGAGACACGCUGGCACUCUCAGAAGGUCAACGCUCAACAAGCGGCGGGACGGGGUCCAGCUCCAGCACACAUCUAAACCAUAACCAUGCCCACUUUAGCCUUUAUGAUAAAUACAAGGCAACAGAUUAUGCUCGCAGUUUGUCUGCAAGAAAGUGUUAAAUUGCAUAUGGUAUUCGUGAUGUGAUGUUUCUCUCUUCUCCUUCUAUGUUUUAUAUCCUUCACCUUUUGAUUUCUUGUGUUUUUGAAGAACGUAUUCCUGUGUGUAUUAUUGCAUUUGAAAAUUGCAGUUUCAUCCUUAUUCAUGUUUAUUUUGCUUUUAUAUUGUUAUCUAUGCAUUUUAAGCAGUAUUAAGCAUUUCUAAUGGUGCUGGAGGUUUUUCUUUGUUUUACUUCCAUUGUUGUUCACGCUUUUUUUAAAUGAAUAAAUCCGACUGUGAAGUGCA